AUGCCCUCUAACUGCCCCCAGAUGCAGCCCCCGCGCUGCCCCGCCGGCGACCCCUGCAAGUGCCCCUGCCUGAACCCAGAGGCCGUGACGUACGUGCAGCCGCUGCCGCCGCCGUCGUGCGCGCCCAAGCAGGUGUACCGGCACCCCAAGAUAGCCGUGGAGGGCUCCACCGUGUACAAGCAUUCGUACCCCGGGUUCCCGCCAGAGGUGGCCCUGCUGGCCAAGCCGGACCUGUGCCGCCCGGACCAGGGCCCCAUCAAGGUGCCGGGGGUCAUCGACGGGCACACCACCACCACGCUGAGCUACCAGUACCCGCACGGGACGCGGCCCCAGCCAUGCCGCCCGUUCGGCAGCAACCUGAUGGGCCGCGGGCCGAUGCAGGACGCCACCACGCAGAAGGUGGACUACUGCGCCAAGCCCUACUGCAGGCGGGAGCCCUUCAGCGACCCCAGGAUGCCCUUCCCCGACACCCCGAUGGAGGGCUGGACCACGACGCAGAUGUCGUACGCGCACCCGCAGGGCGCCACGGCCGCGCAGUCCAUGAAGCCGGUGGCGCGCGUGCACAAGGUGCCGUGCCCCGUGGACGGCCUCACCACGCAGAAGAUGAGCUACGUGCCGCCUGCCGUGCUGCCUAGGUAA